CGAUAUCAUAAUAAUAGAAAUAAUAAAAACUAGGUACCUUUAUAGUAAGGGUUAAUUGUCAAUUAUUAUUUUAUUGUUACACAACUUUUGCAAUCGAGGGACGACGUUGGCAGAACAUUUUUUGUCUACAUUUGUGCGAAUGGCAUUUCUUAUCGCAUAUGCACAUUAAAGUGUUAAUAAAAGCCCAGCCAUAUUAGUCAUCACAUAAUCACUUCUGACGUGAAUUUCAAUUAUGAAUGACUGUAUCGAAAGUAAACGAGUAGUUGUAUUGGUUGACAUGGAUUGCUUUUACUGUCAGGUGGAAGUACAUCACAAUCAGUCUCUAUCUGGAAAGCCAGUUGCUGUGGUCCAGUACAACAGUUGGAAAGGCGGCGGAAUAAUCGCUGUAAAUUAUGAGGCGAGAGCCAAAGGAGUCAAUCGGCACAUGAGAGGAGACGAUGCUAUAAAGAAAUGUCCGGAUUUAAAUUUAGUGCGGGUCAAAGAGCUUCAUGGAAAAGCAGAUCUUUCAAAAUAUCGUGCAGCUAGUCAAAAAGUGUUUGAGGUUCUCAGUGAAUUUAGUUCUUGUGUACAACGAGCUAGUAUCGAUGAGGCUUAUGUCGAUUUAACUAGUGUUGUAAAUGAUUAUAUAUCAUCUAAUCACAAUGUAAUAACAGAAAAUGAUUUACAAAAUACAUUUGUAGAAGGUUAUACUGAUAAAAACUCAAAAAUUGGUGCCAUGAUGGUAGAAAAAUUGAGGGAAUCGAUUUUCAAAAAAACUGGGUUUCACUGUUCAGCUGGAAUUGCUAAUAACAAGAUUUUAGCUAAACUUGUGUGUGGCUUACAUAAACCAAAUCAACAAACAUUAUUACCACCUUCUAAUGUACCUCAUUUGUUUGAGACUAUCCAGAUUAAGAAAGUAAAAAAUUUAGGUGGUAAACUUGGAAAUCGCGUUAGGGAAGAGUUUAACUGUGAAUUUAUGUCCGAUUUAGCAGCAAUACCUUUAAAUGAUUUACAACAGAAGUUUGAUAAUAAAACAAGUAACUUUUUGUAUCAAAUCAGCAAAGGUAUUGAUAAUGAACCUGUAGAAUCUAGAAUUAUACCUAAAUCAAUUGGCAGUUGUAAAUCAUUUCCUUUAGGUUUAAAGGUCAAAGAAGAAAUACAACAUUGGUUAAGUAUUUUAAUGAAUGAUAUUGUUGAAAAAUUAGAAGCUGAUUAUGAAACAAAUAAAAGAAAAGCUACAUCAAUGACUAUCAGUGUUAGAUAUUUAAAUAAGGAAACAAAUUUGCCUACGUCCCAAUGUGGUGAAGUGACUACCUAUAAUAAUAGAAAAUUGUUAGAUUUGGCUUAUUCAUUGCUGUCUAACAUGACUGAAAACCAAAAGUCUUCAAAUUGGAAAACCCCUUUGUCAUUCUUAGGAAUAAGUAUUAACAAGUUUAUAAAAAUAACAGUAAAGUCAUCAAUCAAUAAUUAUUUUAGCAAAGGAGUUGCAAAUAAUAAAAUAAAUUUGUGUGUUCAAUCAGGUAUACUAGAGAAUGAAAAAAUUAAUUCUGAAAUUAACAAUACCUCUGAAAGUGAUAGUUGUACGCUAUUGGAACUAAUUCACACCAAUGAUCAAAAAUCUAGUACUAAAAAAUGUACACUUAUUUCUACUGAACAGUUAUCAUCAUUAGACAACUCCAACACUAAAAAAAAUGACACUAGUAAAGGUGAAAUGAAAAAUAUUAAAACCAUGUUUGCUCAGAUGAGAAAUUCUAGUAAUUGCUCUAUUAAUUAUAUUGCGCCUACAGAAAAUGUAGAUAAUAAAAUAGAAAAUAUGAAAAAGAACAAUAAUCAACUUAAUAUGAAUAGUUUUUUUAGUAAAAAACUGAAAAUUAUCUCUCCAACUAAAAACCAAUUAAAUGACCAAGUGUCAGCAAAAGUUCUGUCUGCUUCGACAAGUUCAUUAAACCUCUCCAAAAAACUGGAAGUGAUUUCUCCUUCGAAAAACAUACCAAACAAUGAUAAGGUUAAACCAUCAAAUCAGUCACCGGAUGGAUUUUUUUCAAAAAAACUAGAAUUUGUAUCACCUUCGAAAUACCAAAAUACAAACCAUGAUUUGGAAUUGACUAUUGAAUCACCUAUUAUUGAAUGCUGUGAUGAUAGUGUUCCUACAAUGUUAUUUUGUGAACGAUGUAAUAAUAUGAUUCAUAUAAAUGAAUACGAAGAGCACAUCGAUCAUCAUGUGGCAAUGGAAUUAAGCAAAAGUUUAAACAAGACUGAUAUAAUACAAUCCACGAGUAAGGAUAAACAUAAAACAAUUAAAAAUAAUGAUGGUAGUAAAAAACGUAAGAAUAAUUCAAAAAGUUUUCCUCAACAGAAGAAACCUUGUUCUGAUAUUUCAUUGUUUUUCAAACCAGUCUUAAAUCCUUGACUAAUUUAAAUCGGUGAAUAAAUAAAAUUUUAUUAUG